AUGGAAAUCAUUAGCUUAAAGGCGUCGUUUGCUAGGAAACUGAAACCUGACGGGCUUAGCCCCUUGCACCUAGCAGUGCAAAGUGGGCAGUCUGAGAUCGUAAGGCGGCUCGUGGUGUUUGAUAAAGAGCUGAUAGUUGAGUUACUAGUAGCAAAAAAAUGCAUGAACAAAGAAGAAGUGAACUUAAAGGGCAAUACUGCCUUGGACGAGGCCAAACAACUGCCUCAAGGAGAGGCCAGUUCGAGAAUUAAGAAGAUUCUGCACGAGGCAAGAGCUUCAAGGAGUUUAACUCUACCUAGUGAAGAGUACAGCCUUGUUGAUUACUUGAAGUCGCCGGAGCAGUUCCUGGAAAGAGUUUUUGAAUUCAUUAUUCCUGGCCAAAGAUGUUUGCCAAUGAAAAGGCGCAACACGAUUCUUGUGGUUGCCGUCCUGAUUGCCACGGCGACCUUCCAGGCCAGUCUUCAGCCUCCGGGUGGACUACUUGACACAGGGACAAUAACAGAAAUGGCAACCUUCUCACCAAUGGAACCGUCAUAA